CUCUUUUACUCCUCUCGAGUUUCACCGGCUUACUUAGGAGCGCGCGCGGAGAAAAGCGACGUCAGUUCGCAGGGGCGAUUUGCCGAGAACGCAGACGGAGCGUUGAGAGUUUCGCGCGAAAGUUUCGCAUCGCACGGAGCGGAGAGACACGGGCUGAGAAUCUGGCUUCUCUCUCGCGGGAAUCGAAGAUGGAGAAACGGUCCAUCGAACGCGACGUCCUCCGCCCGACCGAGAGGGAACUCCUCUGAUGGAAUUUUAGAUCCCUGAUUAAAAAAAAAAAACUGACAAAGUGAGGGAGAGUACGAAGGGCAGAUUGCGAGCGAAAGGAGUACUUCCCGAGUUUGGAGUUUGUUGUCAAAGUCGAACAACAAUCGCUGAUAAGCAAAAGUGCUACACGAUGGAGUAGAAAUUUUUUUUUUUCUUUUGUUUUAUUUAGUGGCCUCCUGCAAAAUCGUGGUACGAAAAGAGUGAACUCUAGAAUUGUUCUAUCGACUGUGAUUUAAAUCUCGAUUUAUCUCGAUUCCGACGGUUUUGGAGGAUCGAGUGCACGUUCGUCUGCAUGGUUCUUGAGGGGAUUUUAAGUUUGUGCAAUCGGAAGAACGCGAUCUUUGUGAUUCUGUGCGCCGCGGCAAUUUAUGUGCAUCUCAUCGGAAGCGGCGACGCGGUGAAGUGUCGUAUCGGCGAAGGAGGAGCGCGGUGUCGCGAGGACGAGGCAUUGAGGUUCCUGAUCGGCCUGUAACUAUGCGGAAGGUGUUCCCCGUGCUCGCGCUAAUCGCAUUCGCGUGUGACAUCUCGCGCGACAUUCUGGUCCACGGCGAUCCCGCGAGGAAACCGGAAGCUGCGGGACGGAGCGAUGAGUACGAGUAUCAGGCGGAGCCGCGUGGGCAGUUCGACGAUGCGGAAGCGCCACAAAGUUCCGCAGAGGAUCGCGAACGAUCGAGCGAGCCUCCUGUAGGCAAAUGGAGAAAUAAUGGCGAGGCUCUCGAGCCGAAGUGGCGCGACGGCGACUCCGUCCCUCUGCUACCGUUCUCUCAUUACCGGUCUUACGCGAGGGACGAGGUCGAGGAUGUCGAGCAGGAGAGUUUCCCGGAGACGAGUCGUCGACCGUUCAAGUACCAUUACUCGAUCGAUCAACCGAAUCGUCCUCGGGAGAAUCCGAGUAGACGAGUUCCUGGGCUUCUGGACGACUACGAGCACGAAGCCUCGUACCGGAGUCGGGACUACGAGAUUCCCGACGAAGAUUAUCCGCGCAAGAGACGCCGUCCGUUGAAGAAUUCGCAGAGUCCAACAUUUUACGAGGAGGCGAUCGACGGUGCGGCGAGCAACAACGGGAAACGCGGUCGUAAUAUCGCCGACGGCUCGUUGAACGACCGGGAGGCCACCUGGAGGUAUCGCGAGGCCUUCCAGGCGCGUCCCAACGAGUACGAGCAGGAAUUCAGCGACGAGGAGUACCUGAGGCCUCGCCCGAGGAAGAGGCGACCGCCGCAGAAUUACGAGUUCGCCCUGGCGAACGAGGCGGCCUCGAACGACGGGGACGAGGAUUCCCCUCGACUUCCACAGCUGAGGAACGACGAGAACCAUCCGGCGACGACGGAAUCGUCCGACAGAGAGCGGGAAAAUGCGCUCGAGCUGAAGUCGCUUCUGAAGAUGCAGCAAGAGGAGGGCUCGAGCCUGUCGGAGAUUCUGCAGCGCAGGAACCUGACCCUGAGCGAUCUCCUGAAGGGGAAGAGCGACGUGAUCAACGCCCUGAAAUCGAGGAUCGCCGACGAGUCCGACGAGUACAUCGAGGAAAUGUCCAGGGUGAUGUCCGACUCGCUGAUGAAGCUCGCCGCGACGGUGACGCCACCCUGGAGAUCCACGCAGCCAUCGGCGACGCCGGAAAGUACCACGGCAAGAGUCACAAUUUCGAAUACGAUCCCGAGUAACUCGGUACCUCGAAUGACGAUCGCCACGGAGGAAGCCUCGAGGAGUCUCGUGGAAGCUUCCACGAGCAAUACGAGUCGCGUUAGAGAAAAAUCAGCGGAAGAUGACGCCGAGGUGACGCAAUCCGCACACGAUUCCUCGUGGUUGAGAGCGCCGACCACUCCUCCGAUCAUCUCGACGGUGAUUACCACAUCGACGUCGUCGCCGAUCGCGAUAAACUCCGCCGAGUAUUUCCUGAACGACGACGGUAAUGCGGGAUCGACGAGCGACCGUGCGAUGAGGCUCGAGAGCCUCGACGAGGACGAGAUUAUGGAAUUUUCGGACUUCAUGGAUUUCAAGAAAGGCCAGAGCCCGCCGAGCGAGAGGCUCAUCCCGCAACAGGGGGCGUCUCGCGACACCCAGUCCACUUUGAGCAUCGAGCAGAUUCUCAAUCCCACGGAGCGGAUCGAGAAGGCGGAGGAUCGUGAGAACGUUCGGGAUGACGACAUCGACAGCAACAAUAAUGAUAGAAAAUCGAAUCGAGGCGAUAACGGGCGAUCGGUUUCCAUCGAGCCCUCCGCGGAGGAUUACAAUUACACUUUCGUCGAGGAGUAUCAGAACGACGCUCAAAAUCCCAAAGACGAUGGAAAACAAAGCGGGAUAAAGGACGACACGAACUAUCCCAAGACUGUUGCUGUUGCGGAGCAGAUCGAGACGAGGCAAACAGCGACUCCGCCUGAUAAUAGAAGGACGCUACACGACGAGAAUCACUCGACGGAGUAUCAUCAGGUGGAUCGAUCGUUGGGAGAAAAAACUCGCGAUCGCGCGUUGGAGAACCAUCGAGGUACGAGGCGCUACGAGGAGGUCGUCUCCGAGAUCGAGCCGGAGGCGCGAGCGGAGAUCUUCGAGUUAUUCGCGUCCGGCUCGGCUGGCAAGCGACUGGAACGUCUUCUCAAGUCGAGGAACAUGAGCGUGGAGGAACUGAUAGCUCUGCGUCAAAGGGGCUCCAGCAAGGUCCACUUGACGGAGGUGUCGCAACUCAGGAUGUCCAAGCCGAGGAACCAUCAAACCCUCGAAACCUCCAACACGAACAACGGAGAGAUCGUCACAGCAUUCUCCUCAACGGACAGGUCCAGGGAAUAUUUCAACACGGAUACGAAGAUCGCAGAGAAAGAAGGUGCGAGGCAGGAGACGGAAGAGGCGAUGAAUCGAUUCAAAGAGAUCAUGAGCUACUUGCAGGAUCCACUCUUUGGCAAAGACGCGGAGAACAUGUCGAUGUCGAAAUUGUUGGAUCUCGUCGAGCAGGACAGAGACACGCCGCGGGAAACGAAAAGUCCAGAAAACGACACGCGAAAUAUCAAUGAACAGAAUACUGACCAGCUGGAGAAUCCUCGUCAAACGAUGCAGAUCGUCGAUUUACUGACGACGUUUGAUUCCUUGCCUUUCGCGAAGGACGUACAGAGGCAGUUCGAAAGUGAAGUCGACAACAAUGAGGGCGAGUCGAAAGUGAAGCUUCCGAUGGACGAUGAUAAGACGAGCGUAGUGGUUAUCGACGAGGCGGAGAAGACUCUUCGAUCGAACAACUCCAGUGAGUUCCACGCCGGAUACGUCGAGGAGAUCGUGAAGGAGGAACCAAAUACCGUCGACAUAAAAACGGUCUACGGCGAGACGAUGAGCGGGAUGAACAGCGGGGAGGAGAGGAAGACCCUGUCGAAAGUGAAGCCGAGCAUAAUAGCGAGCGGCGCGAUACUGGGCGUGACGAUCGUCGUGUUCCUGGCGAUCUUCGUCGUAUGCCGAAUUCGGCAGAAGCAGAAGUACACGUACAGAAACACGUUUUCCCGCGCGGUGUUCCAAGGCCCGAUGUUGGCGGCAAGGAAGCUGUCGAAUUCCAGCAGCCUGAGCGCCGUGAUGGUGAACGUCGUCGCCACGUCGACGACCAAGAGGCCCGAAAGAGCGGAGACGCAAGAGGCUGCGGAAGAUUUUGACGGCAAGAGCGACAUGGAUAACGAUUCGUUAGACGCUAACGACAGUUGGGAGACGAUACCCGAUUACGCGAAAUAAUUCGUCGGCACUAUUGCACGAUUAGUCUAUUAGUUUGGUGUAGAAGAUUCGUAUAUCAGCCUUAUUUAUUAAGUAAAACACGCGACAUAAACAGAACGGAAUUAUGCUAAUAAAAUUUUAAUUUAAUUAUUUUUAAUUUAAUUAUUAAUUUCAUA